AUGGAGGAUAAAGGUUAUAUCGAGGAGACUGAUGUUCCACAAUUUAACUAUAUCCAUCAAGUGGUCAAAGAAACUUUAAGGUUGCAUCCACCAUUCCCGAUCUUGUUUCCACGAGUGGCUCAAGAGACUACUGAAGUUCUUGGCUACAUACUUCCUGCUGGAACAAGAGUCCUCAUCAAUGUUUGGGCACUAGGAAGGGAUCCAAGAUACUGGAAAGAUGCUGAGAGCUUUAAGCCGGAGAGAUUCGAAGAAGGUGUCGACAAAGAAUUCAAAGGCAAUGACUUUGAGUUCUUGCCAUUCGGUGCCGGUAGAAGGAUGUGUGCAGGCAUGACCUUUGGAUUGACGACUUUAGAACUGACAUUGUCUAAAUUUCUGUUCCACUUUGAUUGGGCGUUUCCAAAGGGAGUGAAAGCCGAGGACAUUGACAUGUCUGAAACUUUCGGAGCAAGUGUUUCAAAGAAGGUUAAUCUUCUCUUAGUUCCUUCACUUCGCUACCCCUUCCCGACAUUCGAGUAA